CUCCUGAGAGGGGCUCGCUGUUGCCGGUUGCUAGUGCAAGAGGGAGCCAAGGCUGGGCCAGUGGGAGUGAGUGCCGGAGGCAGGAGCGGCCAUUCAGUGCGUUUGAGCCGGGGAGAAAGCGGUAGCCAUGCGUGAGAUCGUGCAUAUCCAGGCCGGCCAGUGCGGGAACCAGAUCGGAGCCAAGUUCUGGGAGGUCAUCAGCGAUGAGCAUGGCAUUGACCCCACGGGCAGCUAUCAUGGAGACAGCGACCUGCAACUUGAAAGAAUCAAUGUCUACUACAAUGAAGCAACUGGUAACAAGUUUGUGCCUCGUGCAAUCCUGGUUGACUUGGAGCCUGGCACAAUGGACUCUGUCAGAUCUGGGCCUUUUGGCCAGAUCUUUAGACCUGACAACUUUGUCUUUGGCCAGAGUGGUGCUGGGAACAACUGGGCCAAGGGCCACUACACAGAGGGAGCUGAGCUAGUGGACUCUGUGCUGGAUGUGGUAAGGAAGGAGUCUGAGAGCUGUGACUGCUUGCAGGGCUUCCAGCUGACCCAUUCCUUGGGUGGUGGCACUGGCUCUGGCAUGGGGACUCUCCUCAUCAGCAAGAUUAGGGAGGAGUAUCCAGACAGGAUCAUGAACACCUUCAGUGUCAUGCCAUCCCCUAAGGUAUCAGACACAGUGGUUGAGCCGUACAAUGCCACCCUCUCCGUCCACCAGUUGGUAGAGAAUACAGAUGAAACCUACUGUAUUGACAAUGAGGCCUUGUAUGACAUCUGCUUCCGCACACUGAAACUCACAACUCCGACCUACGGGGACCUCAACCACUUGGUCUCCGCCACCAUGAGCGGGGUGACGACCUGCCUCCGGUUCCCUGGCCAACUGAAUGCCGACCUUCGCAAGCUGGCGGUCAACAUGGUGCCUUUCCCCCGCUUGCACUUCUUUAUGCCGGGGUUCGCCCCUCUAACUAGCCGGGGUAGCCAGCAGUACCGUGCCCUGACAGUGCCAGAGCUAACCCAACAGAUGUUUGAUUCUAAAAACAUGAUGGCAGCCUGUGACCCACGCCAUGGCCGCUACCUGACUGUGGCCGCCAUUUUCCGGGGCAGAAUGUCCAUGAAGGAGGUGGAUGAGCAGAUGCUCAAUGUCCAGAACAAGAACAGCAGCUACUUUGUGGAAUGGAUCCCCAAUAAUGUGAAGACGGCGGUUUGUGACAUUCCUCCGCGGGGCCUCAAAAUGUCUGCCACCUUCAUCGGCAACAGCACUGCCAUCCAAGAGCUGUUCAAGAGAAUCUCCGAGCAGUUCACGGCCAUGUUCCGGCGAAAGGCCUUCUUGCACUGGUAUACGGGCGAGGGCAUGGAUGAAAUGGAGUUCACAGAAGCAGAGAGCAAUAUGAAUGACCUGGUGUCUGAAUACCAGCAAUAUCAAGAUGCUACUGCAGAUGAGCAAGGGGAAUUUGAAGAGGAAGGCGAGGAGGAUGAGGCUUGAGUAGGCUUAGAGCAACUGGGCAAGUGUUCAGGGUGAAAUUUGUUCAGCUGUACUGCUGUAUGUUUUUUUCAGUUUUUCUUGGUGCUCUUCACUGUUGCUUCUGUCAGCAGUUUUGUAGCUUCACUCUUUAUGUAACAGUAGUUGCAAAAGCUUCUGAAAAGUCUUCUGUCUAAAUGUCUGAUCUCAAGCAUAAAAGGCAUUUGUGUUUCACAA